AUGUCUGACUUAAAUCAAGAGGAGGCGAAGCAAUUCGAAAUUGAGCGAGCCGAUAACUCCAUAAAUAAAUGUGAAAAAUGCAGAUAUUUACUCUUGAAAGGUGAUCUGAUGAUUAUUCAAUAUAAGGAAAAUUCUCGUGGCGAAGGUCUUGUCCGUGAUACCUGGUAUCAUGUAGGAUGCAUUUUCGAAGAACUUUCUAAACAGCCGUCCAUGACAAAGAGAAUUGUCAAUCCUGAAUAUGAUAUAAGAAAGUGGAAUCUGCUGUACGAUCGGGACAAAGAUUUCGUAAUGAAAAAAUUUGCCGAGUUUCACCCCGCUGAUUCAUUUAAAGCAACCAAACAAAAAGCAAAAUUGUCAAUGACCAAGGAAACUUAUAACAAAAAGUUGGCGAAUAAUGCAAUUGAUGAUGUCGGCACGUCUAGCAGCAAAAUAACAGAUAAUUACGAGAAGAAAGACAGUUAUAGUAGAGAGUUUAAAACUCUUGUGAAAAAGAAACCGACGCAGGAUAAUAUGUUUUCUGAAUUCCAACGAAUAUGCGACGAAAUUUCAAGUUGUAGUUCUUAUUUGGAAAAAACAGCUAUUGUGAAAAGAAUGUUUACUAAAGGCUCUGAAAAAGAUGGCUUUACGGGCGAUAUCGUUCUCUGGUGCAGACUACUUUUGCCUGGCACAGCUAAGAGAAUUUAUAAUCUACAAAGUAAAGCGCUAAUUAAGUUAUUUGCACGUAUACUUAACGAAGACGAAAAGUUAAUGAUUGAGGAUCUAGAAGAGGGUGACGUGGCACAAACGAUUAAAACUUUCUAUCAGAGAAACUCAACUAUAAAAUUCAACAUGAGGAGUGAACUUACAUUACAGGAGGUAGAUGAAUUUUUGGAGAAGCUGUCUACACUUACCAAGGAAGAGGAGCAGAUUUAUCACUUCAAAUCCAUCUUAAGGAGAUGCACGCCUGAUGACUUAAAAAUGAUUAUUCGACUAAUUAAACAUGACCUGAGAAUUAACGCGGGACCGAAACACAUAUUGGAAGCCAUUCACGAUGAUGCCUACGCGGCAUUCCAGGUAUCCAGAGACCUUCCAUUUAUUAUUCGACGAUGCCUCGAUAGAUCAUCGAAGGCGUCUGUAUUUUCUCUUGAGAAAGCGUCUACUUCGACUUCGCUUCCUGCCCCCUCGAAGCUUACGAAAUCACCGAAAAGUGGCAAAAUUGCGAGUGUUGCGCUGAUGACACCAGUCCUACCAAUGCUUGCAGAGGCUUGCAAGUCCGUAGAUAUGGCCAUGGAAAAAUGUCCACGCGGUAUGUUGUCUGAAGUUAAAUAUGACGGUGAAAGGGUGCAGAUUCAUAAAAUGGGCAAAGAAUUUUGUUACUUUAGUCGCUCUUUGAAACCAGUAUUGGCGCAUAAAGUUAAUUUUUUAAAAGAUUGUAUACCAAAAGCAUUUCCGGAAGGUGAUGAUUUAAUACUUGACGCGGAAAUACUUUUAAUAGAUACGACGAAUGGCCAGCCACUUCCCUUUGGAACAUUGGGUGUUCAUAAGAAGGCAAAAUUCAAAAAUGCCAGCGUUUGUUUAUUUGUUUUUGAUAUUAUUUAUUACAAUGGUAAAUCGCUAAUGGACAGACCAAUAAUAGAACGAAGAGAGUUAUUACAAAAGAAAAUGAUGCCUAUACCAAAUCGAAUAGUAUUAUCAGAAAUUCAAGAAAUAAAUGAUUCAAAAAUAUUAACUGAAAUGAUUCUAAAAACUUUUAAACUCCGUCUCGAAGGCUUAGUGUUGAAGAGCGUUGAUAGUAAAUAUGAACCCGGGAAGAGGCAUUGGUUGAAGAUAAAGAAGGAUUAUUUAUUCGAAGGGGCAAUGGCUGAUAGCGCAGAUCUCGUUGUUGUCGGUGCUUGGUACGGUACUGGACAUAAAGGUGGAAUAAUGUCAAUUUUUUUAAUGGGAUGCUACGAUCCUGAUCGUGAUAUAUGGUUAACAGUUACCAAGGUGCAUACAGGCCAUGAUGACGCAACAUUAACGGAAUUGCAAUAUUCCUUGGAUAUGGUAAAAAUCUCCAAAGAUCCCAAUUUACUGCCAAAAUGGCUCCGAGCAAACAAGCCUAUGAUACCUGAUUUCGUCGCACGCGAUCCUAAGAAUCAGCCAGUUUGGGAAAUUACAGGGGCCGAAUUUACCAAUCAAGGCGUACAUACUGCCGAUGGUAUAAGCAUAAGAUUUCCUCGCGUCACUCGAAUUCGCGAGGACAAAAAUUGGGAAACAGCAACAAACCUACACGAACUGAAAGAGUUGUUCAAUAAAAGUACAGAAUCAAUAGAUUAUUCGCUUCUACUCGGUUCUCAUCAGCAGAAAAGGCCCGCUGACGAUGACUGUAAUUUAGAAAUAAAAGCAAAAAAACAAAAGCAAUCGAGUUGUCAAGAAUCAUCGUCACCCGGGGAUGAAAAAGCAACAAAUAGCCGCACGAUAAACAUAAAUAAUUCCAACGAAGGUUUAAAAAUGGAAAUAGAUGAAAGAGAAGAACAUAAAGCAACUGUAAAAUUAAAAGGACGCGAUAAAAACACAAUGGUUAACAAAUCUCCAGGAAAAAUACUAACCAAAUUUCUCAAUAAGAAUAAAGUUUUAGAAGAAGAGGAAAAAGAACGUUCAAAGUCAAGUAAUGAUUCAGAGGAAGAAAAUAGAGCAAAAUUUUAUUCUUUUAUUGGCACCGACUAUAUCGAGUAUAGUGCAGCAGGUAGUCCGUUAAAUUGGAUCAAUGAUCGAAAGCCACCAAAGUAUUUACCAAAGGAUGCAAAACCUAUAAACGAGCCUGUUGAAAGUAAAAUGAAAUUACGAUGUUUACUCUCGAACGCGCGAGUUUAUAUUGCCAAUGAUUUGGAUCCUGAAAAGAGAAAAGCUGCCCGACGAACACUUAAGACACUUGGUGCAGCGAUUCUCUCGAGAGCUGAACAAAACGAAGCGACUCACGUUAUCCAUGGAUGCGCUAGUGUAGCCGCUACAAUCUUACUAGAGCCCACGGAUAUUCCAAAAUCAGCAAGACAUGUAACAGAAUCCUGGAUAUACGCCACAGCCGCAAAUUGCAAAGUUGAAAAUAUUAUGGAUCACGCUGUAACUUUAUCAGGUGCUUAUUGCUCCUGUCCAUGUCCUCAUCAUAAAGACUGAAAUUGCGUCUUUCCUAAAUCGAAAUAAUGGAAUGAAAUAUAAUAUUUGUUUAAUAAAUUAAUUAUGUCAACGGGUU